AUGGCGCCUGGAAAUUCAACCGAUCCUCGUGGAGAGCCCUCUCCCUUUGGCUCGUUGAGGAUCCCGACGGCCGCCGCGUCAAACUCGUACGACCCUGGACACCUCGGCCAUGGGAACCCUCUCGGUGAGGCGGAGCAUUUAGGUAGAGAAAGAUCCUCCUCAUUCUCGCGCAUCCGCCAAGUCGGCGGGCCGAACAGUAUCGAUAACUUCGCUCGCUCGUGGCAAAGAGCUGCCUAUUUCCCCGAAGUUAUUCCUCGUCGCUCGUCUUUUGUUUUCGCAGAGUCAGACGACGAACUUGCCAUUGCGACGGGUCUGGAGUAUGGUUCCCGGAGCGACAUCGAGCGGCCUCUACUGUCCGAGGACUCGGGGGGUGAAGACUCGGAGCAAGAGGACUUGAGUGCGCCAGGGCGUUCUAGGAAGAGUGUUCCGACUGCGGCUCUGCUGUCGUCGUCAUUUGAGAGGAGUUUUGCGACUUCGUACGGAACUAUUUCCUCGCGGGUUAGCGAGUCGACCCGCCGCAAUGCGAUCCAGUUCCACCGCGAGCAGCACCAGGUAAUUGGAGAUGGCACCGGGGAUCCUGACCGGGAGCCGUUGAUCCUCAAGCAUGUCGAGCAUGAGGACGGUACACACGAGGAUAUCAUCAUCGGGCAGUCCACCGUGCCUCAAACGGUCUUCAACUCGGUCAAUGUGUUGAUCGGUAUUGGACUGCUGAGUCUGCCGUUGGCGUUGAAGCAUUCGGGCUGGGUAAUAGGACUGUCCUUCUUGAUCUACUCGGCUGUGAUUACCUCUUAUACGGCCAAGAUUUUGGCCAAGUGCUUGGAUGUGGAUAAGACUUUGGUUACGUAUGCAGAUCUCGCCUAUAUCAGCUUCGGACAGCAUGCUCGUCUUGUGACGAGUAUUCUGUUCUGCUUGGAGCUGCUCGGUGCAUGUGUCGCUCUAGUGGUGUUGUUUGCAGACAGCUUAUACGCACUGGUCCCUGGCCUAAGCAUUCUACAGUGGAAGAUUGUCUGCGGUCUGGUGUUGGUCCCGUUGAACUUUUUGCCCCUGCGGUUCCUCAGCGUGACUAGCAUCCUGGGCAUUAUAUCCUGCACAUCUAUCGUGAUUCUUAUCUGCGUCGAUGGCUUGAUUAAACCCGAUAGUCCGGGCUCGCUGCGACAGCCUGCGAACACAUACCUCUUUCCGGAUAACUGGGCCACCGUUCCAUUGAGUUUUGGUCUCAUCAUGUCCCCUUGGGGUGGACACGGCGUCUUUCCUAACAUUUACCGCGACAUGAGACACCCAAAGAAGUAUGGGAAGAGUCUUUGGGCGACGUAUAUUUUCACGUUCUCUCUUGAUUGUUCUAUGGCUAUUAUCGGCUGGCUUAUGUUUGGAGAUAUCGUUCGUGAUGAAAUCACGGCCAACAUCCUCACGGUGGAUCUGUAUCCACAAGCCUUUUCCGUUUGUAUCAUCGUCUUCAUCGCGAUUAUCCCCCUGACCAAAGUGCCUCUAAACGCCCGUCCUUUGGUAGCCACCUUUGAAGUCCUCUGUGGUGUGGGAAUCGGACCCGUAACUGGUGACCGCCAGCGCGCAGAGACAAUCCAGAAGCUAAUCCGAGUAGCCGUGCGUGUUUUCACCGUGGCUCUGAUCGUAGUUUUGGCCGUGGUCUUCCCCUCGUUUGACCGCAUUAUGGCCUUCCUCGGUUCAUUCCUCUGCUUCACCAUUUGCAUCAUCUUCCCCCUCGCAUUCUACCUGAAGAUCUUCGGGAAUGAGAUCAGCCGACGCGAGCGCAUCCUCGAUUGGUUCCUGCUCAUCACGUCGACCAUCCUGGCAGCAGUGGGAACCGUCUGGGCAUUCCUGCCUCGCGAGAUGAUUUCAGAAGAUUAA